CCUGUAGUUGUGUAACAUGGCUAGUUCCACCCCUACGGCCACGGGCCUUGAGAGACCGGAGGCGCUCGCGCGCAUGAACGCCGCCAUCAUGGGCGAGCGCAACCCUCGUGGCAUCCCUUCCGCCGUCUUCGUCGACUCUGUCGACACCUUCAUGAACGCGUGUGGCGUCAAGAACAUCGAACCGCUUGUUGGAGCGCUGCAACAGAUGUACAGCAAGUAUAAAUUCAUGGAGACGAGUCUCCAGAAGAACCGCGAGACGUUUAAGCGCAAGAUCCCGGAUACCCAGAAGGAUCUGGACAUGGUGCGCCACCUUAUUGCCAAGCGGGACGAGGGCGAGACGCUCCAGACGCAGUUUAAUCUGUCGGACAAUGUGUACGCCAAGGCCUCAGUAGACUGCAACGUGGGAAAGGUCUGCAUCUGGCUGGGAGCUCAAGUCAUGGUCGAGUAUCCGUACGAGGAAGCUCAGGAGCUCCUGGAAAAGAACGUGGCUUCAGCCACGGAAAGACUGGGCCAGAUUGAGGAGGAUCUGUCGUUUUUGCGCGACCAGAUCAUCACGACCGAAGUCAACAUUGCGCGCAUAUUUAACCACGACGUGCGCCGUCGUCGCCAGGAGAAGGACGACAAGCUGGUUGCUGAGCUAGAGGCCAAGUGA